CGAGGACUUCGUUAGUUAUUGAUGUUUCCUGUGUAUUCAGGCCGACCUGCUUUUUUGUUAUUGAAAAUGUAUUUUGUUACGCCUCCAUGAUUUUACAAAUAACUAUCGCGUGCAAUAGGAAGGUAAACGAUGAGACUAUACAGGUGAUUGGUAUAAGUAAGACGAGAAGACUAUACCAGCGGUUGUGUAAGACACGGGAGAGGGAUAUACCGCCGGUUGUUCCAGACAAAAAACAGAGAGUUAUACAGCUGGUGCGACAGACAAACAGAUUUGAUUCAGCGAAAGGAAAACCAUGGACGAAACAAAACACAUCGAAAACGGCAAAAUGGUUCAUCCGAAACAAGAAGAGGUGAAGAAACAAACUGUACGAGAUACAGUUGUGCUCAUCCUGAUUGUGACUGUAGCCAUAGCUAUAGCCAUAGGAAUGAUAGUGUAUCUAGCGGGACGACAAAACACAAGAGAAGAUGAUGACAUCUAUAUAAUAUCCCGAAUGAAAGUAAUAAAGGAGUCCGUUCUAGUAUCACUGAUGUCGACCCCAGAAUGGAGCCCAUAUCGCCUGGACACUGCAGAGGCCAUAAUAGGCGUGACCCUAGGAUACCCGGAGGCGUUCGAGGAACAUAAGUCAGAGUACUUUGGCAAGCUCGCCAACAUGAAUAUAGACCUCCUUGCAGCCCUAAAAAAUGAUUCCGAGCUUUCCAAUAACGUUUGGUCACGUGGAAAGUUGGCCCAGUACAUUAGUGCCAUUGUGGUAGCAUGUCAACACGAGGUCGCAACCGCAUACUACGGUACCGACAACCUGUUGGACAUCCUUCAGAAACAGCUUCAAAGCUCAGUGGAUUACUUCCGUAUCAACAGAUUCGCCCUAUCAUGGAUGGCCCUCGCAAUGUGUCAGCAUAACAGGACAUUUGACAGUCUGUAUGAAGACAUCCUUACAGCACAUCCGGGCACCUAUACAUUUGGAACAGAUGAGGCCUCAAUGAUCACUAUGGCAUGUGUGUGCCUCAAAACCGAAACUUGCUCGUCUGCUGCCCAGGUCGCCGCUGAUCAUGUAUCGAUGGAAAUUCAAAAGGAAAACAACACACUCAAUGUGUACUCUCUCGGGCUAGCCGCACAGGCGUUGAUCUCUACCAAAAAUGCAUCUUACGCGAAUCAAAUCAGCAAGGCGAAAAUGGGCAUCAUGCUUAAACUCGAUGUCAAGGAGACAAUGAAGUAUGGAUUGGCUGCUUCCCAAAUCCUGCCAGCACUUGCGGACAUGUCUUACCUAGACAUCGAAAUCCAUCCACCUGUUCCCGGAAAACAGAACCCAUCUACCGAAAUGAGGAUGCUGAGUAUCACAAUUACAAUGAAGGACUAUAUCCUGACCAACAUCACGAAACAAUGGAACGCACACGUGUCCGUUCCAACAAAGCCCACUCUUCUACAGGUUAUGACAGCCCUCCAGGACCAACCCUCUUCUACCUUCAGCUUUGACACUGCUCAAACAAGUUUUGGACCGAGUGUUGUAACGAUCGAUGGCAUAACGAGAAAUGAAACCAACAUGUACUGGAUGAUUAUGACGGCUCCAGACACAACCCUACAACAAGGUGUUGCUAAAACCUACCCAGUAGAUGGCGAUCACUACAUCUUCGAGCUCACGUACUUUGGACCUCAUUAGAAAAAACAUCAUGGUUACCUAUAACCAGAGCGUAUACCGCUGUACCAUCUUUUUGGAUCUCAAACGUUAGCAGAAAAGGGCGAUAUGUUAAUGUAGGUUGUGCAUAUUUAUUUUGCUAUAUUGUUUGGGUUUUACUUCGUUCUACUUUACACCUACAUCAUAUAUACUGUAAUAACCAACCAAUACUAUUAUUUUACUCCAGUCGAGGUAGGUUAAGGUUGGCAUGUGAGUAACUAAUCCCAACCAGCGCUUUAAAUCUGCAUGAGCAACUUAGCCUAAAGAGUAUAAAGUGUAUGCUGUACAAAUAUGCUUAAUUUUAAAUAUUUAACUUUACUUACGAACUACUCAGUCCCCUCUCCAACUAUAUCUUAUAUGUAUAUGUUAAUACAACUUGGAGAAAAAAUGGCGAAAGUUUGUAGUACCCCAUAAUUGGAGUUAAUAGACGUUGGUGAACUGUGAACCACGCACUCCCCAAUAUAAGAUACAACGUUGUCGACUUGUAAUAAAGAGUGGUCCGCUAGUGCAUUGUAUAUAUAUCUGAGGGACUAUACCGAGCCAUAAUUCGCAUACAUAGUGAUAAUUGUGUAACGGACAUAUACUUCAAUUGAUACCAUUUUUAUUGGAAAUUAUCAUUCAUAAAUUAAAGUGAAGAACAACGUGCUACUUUCUUUUCCGUGACACUUUUAUUCUUUUCUAAAGUUCCGCAGUAGGAAACAUGUCUAGGUUACAUAUAUACAAAGUCUUUGCUUUGGAUAUGAUUUCGACUUUAAAAUAAAUUAAAACAGCUCUGGUUGCAAACUUUGAAGAUUGAUAUAACAAUGUUGCAUAGAUAUACAUGUAUAUUAUUAUGAUUUCGCUCAAAUCAAGUGAGCUACCUUGCCAUAGAAUUAUCCUUGUCAGUUAUCCUACACUUGUAUCAUAAAAGACAUUAAGCGGAGAUUACUGUGUGUAAAGAACUUCCGAUGAACUGUUUAAUGUUUUACAGACUGGGUUAAGUAUCCUUAAAACAUUGCUAAUGUAAUGCUUCUGGUGAUGUUUUUAGGCGAUGCUAUCUAGUUCUUUUGUUGAACUUGAUAUAGCGAUGUUUAUUUUUACUAGAACGAUGGCAGAGAUGUUGAUUUUCAAUCGUCAUUAUAUAAUUUCGAAAGAGAAAGCUAGAGCAUAUAACAUUCAUACUAAAGCCGUAAAAUGGUCUCAUUGUAUGUCUUAAGCGAUUCUGUCACCUCAUCAGAUCUGUGAUUACUAUGAUAUAUUCAUCUGCUUAAUGAUUUGACAACUAUAUUUGUGUUUUCAAUCUCUGCGUGAAAAAUCAUACUUGCAUGAAGUACGAAAUUUAUUUUGAAAACUGUGCUGUUAAACCAUGUGUAGCUUAUCUCAUUUUAACGCGAAAAGAUUUAUGAAAAAAAAUCCUUCGGCAUAAGUAUAUUAUGGUGAUUGGUGUUACACAAA